AUGGCGCUCAGCCGAAGUAUGGUCAAAAGAACCCAAACGCAGCCUGAGAACCCGUUUGCUACCCUGAUUCCGGAGCAACAGUUCGCCAUCAUCCCCGAGUUCUCUCUCGAAUCGGGCGUCACGCUUCGCAAUGUCCCUGUGGCCUAUACCACGAGGGGCAAGCUCUCGCCCAACGGCGACAAUGCCAUGGUCAUCUGUCAUGCCUUGACCGGCAGCGCUGAUGUCAGUGACUGGUGGGGACCUCUUCUUGGAGGUCCCGGUAGAGCCUUCGACACAUCGCGGUUCUUCAUCGUCUGUAUGAACGCCCUCGGAAGUCCUUACGGCACUGCGAGUCCGGUUACUGCUAAGGAUGGGGACCCAUCAAAGGGCAAUUACGGCCCCGAGUUUCCUUUGACUACCAUCCGCGAUGACGUCAACCUUCACAAGCUCCUCUUGGACGAUCUUGGCGUCAAGCAGGUUGCCGCAGUCAUUGGUGGAUCGUUGGGCGGCAUGUUUGUUUUGGAGUGGGCGUACCUUGGCAAGGAGUACAUCCGUUGCAUCGUGCCCAUUGCGACAUCAAGCAGACACAGCGCUUGGGGUAUCAGCUGGGGUGAAGCCCAACGGCAAAGCAUCUACGCAGAUCCGAAGUACGACGACGGCUAUUAUCCCUUCGACGACCCCCCAUCGACCGGCCUCGGCGCCGCUCGUAUGUCUGCUCUUUUGACCUACCGCAGCCGCAACUCUUUCGAGUCACGUUUCGGGCGCAACAUUCCCGACCCUUCCAGACGGCAAACAAUCCGCGAGAGGUCAAGACCCAGCACACCGUCCGAGGCGCACUUCCAUAUCCAUAACGACGGCCACAACGUCAAGCGGGCCGGCCUCCCGCGUCAGAAUAGCCAGGGCGGAACAGGAGAAACGUCAGUCAACAGCACCCUGGCCCAGGCAGCCACCGAGGCACUGGACCCCCAGUUUCAUGGCCCCCAGACGGAGAGUCUGGCUGGAGGCGACAAUAUCCCUACCUCGACCUACUUCUCCGCGCAAUCCUACCUGCGUUAUCAGGGACAGAAGUUUGUCAAGCGUUUCGACAGCAACUGCUACAUCGCCAUGACGAGGAAGCUGGAUACGCAUGAUGUUUCCCGUGGCCGUGCGUCGACCAUUGCCGAGGCCUUGGCAUUGAUCGAACAGCCUACCCUGGUCCUGGGUAUCGAGAGCGACGGCCUGUUCACGUUUGCGGAACAAGAGGAGAUUGCGGAGCAUGUCAAGAACGCUAAACUCGAGCGAAUCGACAGCCCCGAGGGUCACGAUGCGUUCCUGCUUCAGUUCGAACAGGUGAACCGCUACGUGCUGGGCUUUUUGAAGCAGACACUGCCAGAUAUCAUGGAAAAGAAGGGCGAGGAGGUGGAGGAGACCGGCGUUGGUCAACUGACCAAGAGUAGCACUUUUGGAGAAGCCGAGGUGGAAGAUAUCACUGCGUGGUAA